CAUUUGGACAUUUAUCAAGCAUUGGAUGGAGCACUUUCUCAGGACUAACCAGACAAGUAGAUGAGGAAUUGGUUGAGUCCGGAGAAGUAGAAGAAAACUUGAUAAAAAUAGCUGAUUCCACAAAAACAAGCGGGGCAGAGCUAAAAAGUGAUCAAACGAGACGCACUACACCUGGCGCUGCGCCUGAGACUCCCAUGCCCAUCCUCUCCCGAAACUCCUUCAAGAAGGUUCCUCGGUGGGAUUUUGAUGAUAUUUAUAACCAGGAUGCUUCACCCAGGCAGACAACAUGUGCCGAGUCUCUGCGAAACUCUGAGGAUGAAGGCUUCAAGAAGGCUUUCCUCCCCAACGUUCGCAUGUUUAUGCACAGAACCAACAUGAGCGAGUGGAACCGGCUUUCACAUUUUAACAAUCCUUUUGGUUUUAUGGAGUUCAAACAUGAUGAAGUGAUGUCUGCAGUGAAUUUGAUCCCAAAGCCAAACGAGCCACUACUCCCUCCAAAGACAGGCAGUGACAAGUGUCUGCGCUGUGCUGUGGUGGGCACUGGAGGAAUCCUAAAUGGCUCUAAAAUGGGGAAAGAAAUUGAUGCCCACGAUUACGUUUUUCGGAUGAACGGUGCAGCCAUCAAAGGUUAUGAGGAAGACGUGGGAAACAGGACAUCGGUGUACGUUCACACCGCCCAUUCCAUCACUACGUCGCUGUAUUUGUGGCGGAAGUUCGGAUACACAUCUGCCCCUAAAGAUGAGGGUAUAAAAUAUGUAAUUAUUCCUGAAGGGAUGAGGGAUUUCUUUUGGAUGGAGGGUCUUUUCAAAGGAGAAAGGGUCACUGCUGGGCAAUAUAAAAACAACAGGCCAAGGAACUACUAUUCCGGACAGUACAAUGAGACCCGCUUCUAUGUUCUGCACCAGGAUUUCCUCAGAUACGUUCGCAACAGGUUCUUAAAUUCUCCUCAUCUGAAUUCUUCACACUGGGCGAUCGUCAGACCAACCAAUGGGGCAUUCACUGUCUUCCUGGCUCUGCAAACCUGUGACACUGUGAGUGCAUAUGGAUUCAUGACUGAGGACUUCAGGAAAUACUCCAACUACUACGUUGAGAAGCUUAAAAGCAAUAUAAUUUUAUACUCCAACCACGACUAUAUCAUGGAGAAGAACCUGUGGAAAAGACUACACGACAGCAAAAUAAUAAAGCUAUAUCAAAAAACGUUGCCAGAAACAGGAUCGGCAAGUGUUACACCGAAGCACUGAGAAUGUACCGGCUUCGAAUGAUGUCGGCCGACCGAGUGGGCGCUGUCAGCAGAAAUGAGAGUCAACUCAGCAUGGUUGAAAGUUGGUUUGACUCGGGGAGGCCAGAAGUGCCAAUGGAGGUUUUGUGUGUGUGUUUACAAAGCGCUCAGGUAGAGCGCUGGGCUUUGUAGUGAAUUUUGCAUAAUGGCCAAACUGUAGAAUUCUGAUUUCCGGGUCCUUCACGUUGUUGCCAUGGGUCCCAGAAGCAUUUUUUCUCAUAGACUUUUUAAAAUAUUGAUAUUGUUUACCCAAACCCUGCGAGACAAUAUGUGAGAGUUUUGUUUUCGAGGGUGUUUUUUAGAUAUCCUAAUAUUCAUUCGGCCAUCAUACAACUAAAAUGGAAGGAGUGCCUGUCCGGCCUUUAUUUUCACAACAACGGAUUGACUUCACACUUGAACGGUUUCCAUCGGCACUCCUCGAUGUGAAUGGGUUGGGCAAAAUACAAAUAGCGUCUCUCAAGGUGCAGUUUAACAGCACCACAAUGUUUCCAAUGUCAACAGAAAGUUUUAGCAAUAUCUGGUAGAACAGUUUUCAGACAAAAUAACUGGGCAUCAUAACCUUCAUGAAUGCAGGACCUAUCGGAGGGCUUUAUAACAGUUAUUAAGUUUCAGCUAAUUUGAGCAAUUAGCUUGUUUUAAGUGAAGUAGCUUCUCAGUUGUUGAGUCAUCAUUUAUAAUAAGGUCCAUUUUCGUAAUUGUAUUCAGUGUAAAAAACAAAAGCCCAUACAACAAUGUCUCUCUACAACGUCAAAUAGGUGUAUUUUUUCCUUUUCUUUUAGUGGUUUUUGAAUAUUUAAUUAUUGUUUUAUACUACAGGCUUUGCCUUGGUUUUUAUAGUAAGACUGGCCAAAAAGAAAGCGUAAGCUUGAAUAAUUUCUCUAUUUAGUUUUAAGUGUUCAAACUGUUUAAUAAAAAAGUAUUACGUUCA